AUGAAGCUCGUCGCCGUUAUCCUCGCUCUCGUCUCGGCGGCCCUGGCCGUCCCGGCUGCCGUCGUGCCCCCUCAGGCCAUCAGGCGUCAGAGCCUCCAGGCCAUCACCGACAAGCUCGCGUUUACCUUGACGCUACCUAGCUUUACUGCGCGGCGCAACAGGCGAGAUCCCCCCAGCCUCGACUGGAGCUCGGACGGCUGCACGGCCUCGCCCAACAAUCCCUUUGGAUUCCCCUUCCUGCCCGGCUGUCAUCGUCACGAUUUUGGCUACCGCAACUUCCGCAAGCAACGGCGCUUCAACCAAGACAACAAGGACAGGAUUGACAUUCAAUUCAAGACCGACUUGUACUUUCAGUGCGAACAGGUAUCUGCCAAGUCAUCCUGCGAGAGACUGGCCGAUAUCUACUACCUUGCCGUCAAGACCUUUGGCGGCUCAGUCGAAAGCAAGCGCGACGCCGAAUACAGCCAGGCCUACGCUGAGGCUGUCAAGGCGUACGACGACGCCGUUGAAAAGGCCCAGGAGGAAGGCUUGCUCCCCGUGUUGAACCUGACUUAA